ACUGCAGGAUAUACUGAUAAUAAUUUCAGACUCAAAUUAGUACCGUGUACUUGAUUUGUGAAUGUGGGUUAGGGUAGGUUAAAAGCGUUUACAAGUCGUCGUCAUCGUAUUAUAUAUUCCUCCGGUGGAACAACGACAUAAGUGCAAAUUUUUGACUUUUUGACAUAAGUACGACAACAGUACAAUAACAUUUCAUUUUAUCGAAUGGAACAAUGACAUAAGUAUAAUACCUAUUAUUGACCGCUAGAGAGCAGUUUCGUCAUUGUUGAAAUUACCGGUUUUUAAUCACAUGUCCAAUGGAACAAUGACGUUGUUAUCAGUUGUGUUUCGCCUACCGACCGCGGUGCAUUGUUUUUAUUUCUACAACGACGUAAUUGUUAUUUGUGACACUUUUUUGUUUAAUCCUGGUGCCACAACGACGUAAGUGAGAGUUACGUCAUUUUUCAUCUAAAAACACUUAAUUUUUCGUCAUUAUCUAGUGGAACAACGCCGUAAGUAUACAUUCCGUCAUUAUUGACUUCAAAUUUUUUUUUUUUUUUUAGUGUAAUUGUUCUUUCUGUCAUUGUUCACUCAAUAUUUCUUUGCUUUUUUCCAAUUUGCGAUUUUAUUUUUAUUUUGUAAACUAUGUUUUUAGAGUAUUAUGAUGAAACGAACAAAGCUAUUAUUAGAACUAGCUACUCAAAAGACUGAAAUUGAGAAAAAUUCUGUAUGUAAUAUUGAAAAUUCGCCUAAGACUGAUUCUCCCGAGAUUUUGACUGACGCUCAAUAUUUGCAGUCCAGUCCAUCAUCAUCUGUAACACCGUGUUGUAUCGCCGAACAAAAUGAAUCACCAAUCAAGCUUAAGCUUCGUAGAUUGACAAAACAGACGAAUUAUAAAGUAAUAGUUGAUGAUUCAGAAAAUGAGGAAAAUCUUUCUGGGGAUGACAGUGACAACUAUAUUCCAUCAGUAAGUGAAACAUCUUCGGAAAGUGAGAGCACUGACCAGUUGACCGAUCUCCAAACAAUCGAUCUCCCGAUAACAGUUUCACCUAUCAAAAAAGGAAAAAAGAGAUCAAGAAACCCAGAGCAAUGGAAAAAAACAAAAGCCAAAUUAUUGAAGAAUUCUGGUAAGAGCUACACUUCUAGAACAGGGAAAACUGUCAACGAAAGGGUUAUGGGGCCAAAUUGCUCUGACCGGUGUAUUCUAAAGUGCUCAUCAAAAGUAUCUGACGAAUACAGGAUUGAACUUUUUAAUAAAUAUUGGAGUUUGGCGUCAUUACAGCGACAACGGGAUUACUUAGCUUCAUGUAUUGAGCCCCUCCAACUCAAAUAUCGUCGUAUAUUUACUUCAGAAACUCCCAGAAGGCAAAACUGUGGAUUUUAUUUGCUUUUUGAAGGAAAUCGAAUUCGGGUAUGUAAAACCUACAUGAUUAACACUUUCGGAAUAACGGAAAGAACGAUUCGCAGUGUCAUUCAAUCAAGAACUUCUGGUUCAGGCAUAACUGUAGAAGACAAACGAGGAAAACAUGGCAAUCAUUCGAGAGCUGACCUAGAUAUAAUAAAUUCCGUAAAAGAACACAUCAACUCCAUUCCUAGAGUCGAAAGUCACUAUCAAAGAGCCAACACAACAAGAGAAUUCGUUGAUGGCGGGUUGUGUAUUGCUGAAAUGCAUAGACACUAUGCAAAAGAGCGAGUCGACAAUGGAAAAACUGCAGCGAGUUACGAUUGCUAUGCUCGUAUAUUUAAUACGGAAUUUAACAUUGGAUUUUUCUCUCCCAAAAAAAGAUCAGUGUGAUUUUUGUGAAGGGUUCAACAAUGCCACGG